AUGAGUAUGCCUUAGUUGGAAUACUACAAAUAAAAUAAGUAGCCUACUCAAAAGUCAUUAUUUUCAAUAUAAAAUUAAUCUCAGGGAAUUAUAGCUGAUGAAUAGUAAAUACCUUAUGAUAGUUAUUUAAGUAGAAAGUGCUAGAGGCAUUUAUUUGAGAUAAAAGGUACUGAAAUAGAACUAGGACUUAAUGGAGACUAGUCUGUUGCGAAUAAUAGUUUCUAUGUUAUAAAUAAUAACAAUUCAAUUAUGGAUAGUCUAUAGCAGAAUACAGAAGGUAAUAUAAAACAUACUAACCGCUCAAUUAAAGGAAAAUAUGAAACUAAUAUAACUGAGUAACAACCUAUGGUAUAUUCAAGACAUGAUUUAUUUUAAAGCUGUAAUAAUUAAGAAAGAGGUACUCUCAAAAAUAUUAAAAAACAUGAGCAAUAAUAAGCUGUAGUUUCAAUGAAGAGCAAUUUAUCAAUUAAAAAAGGUAUAUAAGAAGGUAAAAGUCUAAGCAUAGACAAAUGUUAGCCCUCAAUUAGAGAUUUAAAAAGCAGAAAUGAUUUAAAAAAUCCUUAAUAGGAAAAAGUCAAUAGCAAAUUAGACAUAAGUUCAAGAUUACCCUCUAAAUGCGGUGGGUGGAUACCAGAUGAUAUAAUUUAUGAAAAUAAUAUGAAUGAAUUGAAUAGAAAAGUAACCCUAGUUGCUAAAAAUAAUUUUAAUUUGAAGAAAAUAUAAAAUUACAAAGAAAAGAAGUACUAGUAGAACUUUUAGAAGGCAGCAGAUAUUAUAAAUAGACUUUUAAACACAUCAAUGAAUAGAAUUAUGAGAGUAAGACAGCAUGUCAGAAAUUUUAUAAUGCUACUUAGGCUUAGAUAUCUUAACCGCAAAAUUGAUGAUCUUACUGAUAGCGAUUAUAUGUCAAUCAAUGAUUUAAGCAAUUUUUAUACAUAGAAUAAAAUGAAGAAGAAUAGUAAUGCUUUAAUAAAAUACUUCAACUUUAUAUUUAAAUUAAGCAAAAAAAUACCUAUUUUUAUGCCUACUGAUACUUUGAGAGUUGUGUGGGAUAUCGUUCUAGUUUUAUUUACUUAUAUUUUUCUCUACUUUUAUUCUAUUUUGAUGUUUUUUGACUAAGAAAAUCCUGAUACUGAGUUUAUAAAAGAAUUUUAUUUUUGCACAUUUUUUAUUUUUAUUAUUGAUGCUUUAGUCAAUUUUAACACUGCCUUUUUUGACAAAGAUUUAGUUAUAUUCAAAAGACAAUAAAUAGCUAAAUAGUAUAUUUUUUCUACUGUUUUUUUCACUGAUUUUGUAAGUCUUAUGGUUUUAGGAACCAAAGUUAUUAAGAGAAGCAAUUACAUAGUAUAUAAUCCAAACCAUGAUUUGCUAACAUACUGCUUUAAUAUGCUUAUAUUUUUUAAAACGAAUGGAAUCUCCUCUAAAAAAAAGAGAUUUGACUAUGUUUUUACUUUAAAAGAAAGUGAGAAGCAUGUUAUAAAAUUAAUUAACUAGUUAUUAAGCGUUGUUACUGUAGCGCAUAUUGCUGCAAUCGGUUGGUAUUUUCUUGGCUUGUAAGAAGUAGUGAAUGGAAGUUAGCCUAAUUGGUUAGAUAAACUAAAUAUCUCUGAAGAAGUUUAUUACUAAAAAUAUGUAUAUUCUAUUUACUGGUCAAUAACUACUAUGACAACAGUUGGUUAUGGAGACAUAUCAGCUACAAAUUACGCAGAAGCUUUAUAUAUUUCAAUAAUUAUGCUUUUAUUCAGUUGCGUUUUUGCUUAUUCAAUCAACAAUAUAGGAUUCAUCUUAUAAGAAAUUGAAAAAUCUUCAAAAUAGCUUAAUGAUAAAAUAACUAUUAUGCAGAGGUAUCUUAACAGAAAAAAUGUUAAUAUUUCUCUUAAAAGCAGAAUCAGACAUUAUUUAUCAUUCUUAGCUUAAGAGUAGAAAGAUAGAGAUAAAUAAGCUGAAGAUUAAAUUAUAUCAAUUCUUUCUAAUAAACUAAGAGAGGAGAUUACUGUUGAAAUAAAUUCUAAAAUUUUAAACAAAUAUAAUAUAUUUAGUUCAAAUUUUUCUAAGCAAACUUUGGAUAAAAUAGUUUUUAAAAUGACAGAAGUUUUAAUAAACCCCAAUGAGAUUAUUUUUAAAGAAGAAUAAAAUGAUGAUAUGGCAAUUUAUUUUAUUUAAAGUGGUGUGAUUGAGAUUUACUAACAUUCGGUAUAAAAAUUAGAAAAACCCAAUGUGAUUAAAACUCUUACAGAUGAGAGUCUAUUUGGAGAAAUUUCUUUUUUUUCAGGGCUCUCCAGGAAAGCUUCUGCUAGAAGUAUUAAUUUGUCUACUCUUUACAAAAUUUCGAGGGAAGACUUUAUUGAAAUAAUUAAAGAAAAUAAUGAAGAUUAUGAAAGAUUUAAAAUGAUGUAAGAGUAAAUUAUUUUUUAAGGAGAAUUACCUUUGCUUCAUGUAGAUUGUUAUAACUGCAGACAGGUUGGACAUAUUUCAAGUUAGUGUCCUAAAACUCAUCAAACAUUCGAUAAACAAUUUAUAAUAUUAAAGGAUAUUUACUCUUUGUUCCAGAAUAGAUGCUUUGUUGAACGUCCCACAGACAAAAGCAGUUAUAAGCCUUUUAAUUUAAUUUAGAAGAAUCAAAGUCUGAGCAAGAUUCUUAAAUAAAAUUUGUAAGACCUGAAUAGUGAAAUUUAAAUUAUGUUCAAUUCUGACGAUAAAUAUUCAGGGUCAUCUUAUUAUAAUUCAGAAGAUUAAGACGAUGAUGAUGAAUUUGAAGAUCGUGAUGAAUUAGUUUCAAGUACAAAUUCAUAAACAAAUGCUGAUAAUUUUUCAAGAAAUUCAUCAUUAAAUAACUAAGUAAAAAGUUCAUUGCAAAAAAAGAAGGCUUCAAAAAAAAAAGAAGUUUCUAAAAAAUAUUUGGAUAGCAAUUUACUUUGCGAAGACAUAAACUCUUUACUUAAUGCAGAAAUAUAAUCUAAUAGCCACAGAGUUAUUUCAAAUUUUAUAAAUGAAAAUCUAGACUCAAAAAAGAGCUACAUUAAAAGUUUUAAUCUGGCAAACAGAUAAAAAUCUUUAGAUGAUAUUGAAUAAAUUAAAACUCACUCAAACAUAGAAUCAAACAAUAAUUUUAUUAACUCCGAAUUGUAUCAUUCAAAAUCAUAAACAUAAACAAAAACAGAUUCAGAAUUAGUUUAACAGAAUACAUAGGAUUAUCCCUAAAUUUGUAAAAUGGAAGAAGAAGAGGAAUAAUUAAUGAAUGAUUAAUUAGUGAUCAAAAAAAAGUAAAGUCAAAAAUAGUAAGAGUUAAAUCAAAUAAAUAAUGAUAUUAAGCAACAAAUAGAUUAUUCAAAAUAGCAUAUAAAAAGGCAGAGCUUUUAAGGUUAGCCUUUACAAUUCAAGAGAAGCUCAUUUAGGAUUCAAGAUGAAUUACAAUAGUAGUUGAACUCAAGUAUGAAAAGCUUAGAAUAUAAUAUUAGCUAACCAAAUAAGAGAGUUAGCAUACUUCUAAACCAGAUAAGCAAUAACCAAAAUCAAAUAUAAAAAAAUAACUAAGAGCUACCUAAUUACAGAAACUCGAUUGAUUAAAUCUUACUAUAAGGAAUUUUAGUUAAUAAUCUUAUUUAAACUCAUUCCUCUUAUAAUAUUUUGCCAACAGAGUAAUCGUUUAAAUUCUAGAAAAAAACUGAAGGCGAUUUAGAAAAAAAUAAAAGUAGCAUAUAAUAACAGAAUAUCACUUUGAGUAAUAAAAAAAAUUCCAUGCUUUCAAUAAAAGAAGUCAUAGAAGAAGAGCCUAGAGCUAGCUACAAAAAUUUAGCUUAAAUAAGAUAAUCUUAAUCAAAUGGAAAAACAUCUAUCAUUAAUGCAUUGAGUGGUAUAAAUUGCAAUGAUGCUAAUACUAAUAAUAAUAAAAUUUAAUCAUAAUUAUUUUCAGCUUAAAAUAGCUAAAUGACACGUGAAAAUAAUGACUUACAAAUUGUAGAAAGACUCUCUAAAUUACUGUUGAAUCCUUAGUUACCGCUCUUACUUUAAUUAACUUCUGGAAUGAGCUUUAGAGAGAUGACUUAAAUAAAUAGUAAUAAUCCUAUGGAUACGUUUGAAAAGAUGCACAACUUUAAAAAAUUUUUCCCUCAUAAUAAUAUAGAAAGCGUUCUAAAUAAACUGAAAAUAAUGCAGUUGGAACAAAGAAAAAUGAAAAAGCAGAAAUAAAUAAACAAACCACGUCGCUAGAAUAUUUUAUUCUCACGCUUUUAUACAAAUGGCUCAUUCAUACCUGAUAAUUUGAAAUUUUUGCAAUAAGAAUUUAAUAUUGAUGACUAUAGGCCUACGUAUCUUUCAUAUGGAGUUAGUAAGAGAAGAGGAUAGUAAUUUCCAAAGAAUAAGCAUGAUUUAACUCUAUAUUUUUGA